AUGGCUAUAACAUUCACGCCCGAGCAAUUCCAAGAAUUGCUCCAAAAUAUCAAAGCAUCGCUUCGAUUCGAAGGCGCACAUCCAGCAGCACAGCCUGGCGCUGCUACACCUCAUCAGGGUAAUUUCUCCAAGUGUUUAUCACGAUUCGACGGCAAUAAAGAUACCGAAGUGAACGCGUUUAUCGAUGCGAUACAAAUAUACAAAGAAUGUACAAACAUAUCGGAUGAAAAUGCUCUCAAAGGCAUAACGAUGCUUUUUAACGGAUUCGCGGCUACUUGGUGCCAAGGCGUAAAAAGUUCGUUAAAUACGCGGGAAGAAGUAAAAACGCUGUUGAAAUCCACUUUCAGCGUAAAACAGUCCGCUUAUCGCGUCUAUCGUGAACUUUUUGCCGGGGAGCAAGACGAACACAUUUCAACGGAUUUAUUCAUUUGCAAAGCUCGCGCGUUGUUAGCUCAUUUACCGGAAAAUACUGUGACAGAAGCAGUUCAAGUCGAUAUGAUUUACGGGUUGCUUUUACAUCGUAUUCGAAAAGAAGUACCUCGGGAAAAGGUAAAUAAUUUAAAAAAAUUAAUUGAACUCGCCCGAAAAGUGGAAGAAAACCACAUGGAGUCACUCGAGAAGAAAGCUACUACGUCGAAUUCUAUUUCUUCAAAGCCAAACUCGAAAAAGUGCAAAUUUUGUAAAGUAUUUGGCCACGCAACGGAUGAGUGUAGACGUUUCAAGAAGAAACUCGAAAAGGAGAGUGAUUCGGUAAAAAAUGAAAAUAUAUCGGACGCGAAAUCUUCGGAAAAUACUAAACUGGCGACGCAGCCUUCGACAAACCCAACUAUCAAGUGUUUCGGAUGUGACACACCAGGGUAUGUGAGAAGAAAUUGCCCAAAGUGUAAUAAGAAUGCAGAAAUUAAAACGGCCUCUACAAAUUUAGAAUCCUGUACUCUCGAUUGCACGGAAAAGGAAACAAGGACACGCUCUAGGCCCAAGGUUCCUAUUAAAAUUCUAGGAUCGCAUGGAACCGGAUUUCUCGAUUCUUGUGCCGGAAAUAGUGUAUCAGGAUAUAGCUUGUAUCAAUUACUUAUCAAAAAAGGACAAGAAUUUGAGAAAGUAUCAGUGAAGGUGGGAUUCGCUGACGGAGAAAAAAGUAAUAGAGAAAUACUUAUCGCCGAAUUAAAGGUUACACUGAUGGAUAAAGAAAUACCGACAACAGUCAUCAUUUUUCCGGAAGCACAGAACUCAGUGACUUUGCUAGGAAUAGAUUUUCUUGAGGAUGCUGAAAUAAUUAUAAAUGCACCUCAACGAGUUUGGAAAUUUUUAGGAGAUUCAACCGAACAUGAGUUACAGUACGGAAACAUCUCAGCUACAAUGGAUAACGUACAGGUGAGUUUUGUAAACACUAUGCGCAGUGAUGAAGGAAGUAGCCUCACUGAAGAUCAACGUAUAGAAAUCGAAAAAUUUCUGUCUGAUAACGAAGACGUCUUUGCAGUAGGGGGAGAACCAACCCCUUAUGCAGAACAUCGAAUAGAUACAGGAGAUCAUAUACCUGUCGCUACACCACCUAAUAAAAUGUCUACGCAAAAGAAAGAGCUCCUAUACAAAGAAUUGACAUCCAUGCAGGAAAAUGAUAUCGAAGAAUGUGAGUCACCAUGGGCUGCUCAGGUUGUCUUAAUUCCCAAAAAAGACUCUGGAGUCAGAGUUUGUUUAGACUACCGCAGACUAAAUGCAAUCACGACGAGUGACAAGUACCCCAUGUCAAGAAUAGAAGAGUUUCUACACAAUGCUAAAAGGACAUAUUAUAUGUACACAAUUGAUCUACGAAACGGAUACUGA